UGAGUGUGUGCAUUUUAUAUAUAAUUUAGAUGUAUUUUUGUAGUAACUCAGGAUGGUCUCAGAGUGCCGCUAUUUGUUAGGGGGAUGAGACUGAGAGCGAAUAAUUCCAGUAAUACCGCCCUCUCUAACUGCACUUAAGGAGGAGACUGAGGCGUCUGCAUAAUGCACAUGCGGGGGCAUAACACAGAGGACAUCGACGCUGUAAUAAAUCGUAACCUAUGGAUCCAUGUUUAGACGUUGUCCUAGAAAUUUUCCACUAGUUUUGGAUUUAUUCUAUUUGGAACCUGAACACACUGAGACUCGGAACUGGAUACACGGUGAUUUCGUUUAUUUUCUCUUAAGCAAAAUGUCGGAGAGAACAAUGGCGCGGCAAGUACUGCUGUUUAUUUGGUUUCUCUCUCUCAGUUCUGCUCUCGGGCAGGUCAGUUACUCCAUUCCUGAGGAAAUGGCGAAAGGCUCUUUAGUCGGGAGCAUAGCGCAGGAUUUGGGUUUAGACUUAAAGAGACUGAAAUCGGGUAAAGCGCGUAUUUAUACUGGAGACAGCGCUGAAUACAUCGAGCUGAAUAAAGAAAGAGGAGUCCUCCUUAUCAAAGAGAGAAUAGACCGAGAGGCGCUAUGCGGACAGACAACGCCUUGCGCGCUACAUUUACAGAUUAUUCUCGAUAAUCCUAUGGAACUGUUUAGGGUAACUGUCGAAAUUACAGACAUAAAUGACAAUUCUCCUAUUUUUAAAAGAAAUGAGAGACGAUUUGAGAUAAGCGAAUCAGCAGUUGUAGGAUCAAAAUUCAUGCUGGAGAAAGCAAUAGAUGCAGACAUUGGCGCAAAUGACCUACAAAGCUAUUUUCUACAACCUACUGAUCAUUUUAAUUUAAAACUUCAUGGUCAGAGUGAUGGGAGUAAAAAGGUUGAAAUGAUUCUACAAAAGCCUUUAGACCGAGAAAAACAAGAAAACAUGUCUCUGAUAUUAACCGCAAUAGAUGGUGGAGAACCACCGAAAUCAGGAACAGUUCAGAUUUAUGUUACAGUGCUUGAUAUAAACGAUAAUGCUCCAGUUUUUACUAAGCCUAUAUAUAGGGCGAUAAUUACAGAAAACUCCCAGAGUGGCACGCCACUCAUCACUGUUAGAGCUUCUGAUUCAGAUAAAGGGACAAAUGGAGAUGUCAGUUAUUUAAUUGCAAACAGCGACAGUGUAUCUGAUAUUUUUCAUAUUGAUGAAAAUGGAUUGGUGACGUUAGUCGGAAAAAUUGACUUCGAAACAUCUAAACAUUACCAAAUUGAUAUAGAAGCAGUAGAUAAAGGUGGACUGUCUGAUUCUAGCAAAAUAAUGGUCGACGUGAUUGAUAUAAAUGAUAACGCGCCCGUAAUCACAGUUAUGUCAAAAUCUAAUGCAAUACCCGAGGACUCUCUACAGAGUACUGUGACUGCCAUUAUCAACGUUAACGAUCCGGAUUCUGAAAGUAAUGGACAAGUUCGUUGCAGUGUAAAUGAAAACAUUCCUUUUACAAUCAAAUCAACUUCUAAUGGAUUUUAUAGUAUUGUGGCAGACAGUGAUUUAGACCGUGAGAGAGAGUCUGAGUAUAACAUCAGUGUGACGUGCGCUGAUGAGGGCGUGCCCUCUCUCUCCAGCAGCGUCACUCUCUCCUUACAGAUAUCAGAUGUGAAUGAUAACGCGCCUGUCUUUGACAAGAGCUCAUAUGAGGCCUCUGUUCAAGAAAACAACACACCGGGGCGCUGUUUGAAGUGGGCUUACAGAAUGGAGAAAUAA